UUUUUUUUCAAAGCCACAAUAUGAGAAAAGUUAAUUGAAGAAAUGGAACCCGCAAAUUACACCAGAGUGACAGAGUUUGUUCUCACUGGUCUAUCCCAGACUCGGGAAGUGCAGCUUGUCUUGUUUGUUGUAUUCCUGUCCUUCUAUUUGUUCAUUCUUCCAGGGAACAUCCUUAUUAUUUGCACCAUCAGGCUUGACCCCCAUCUCACUUCUCCCAUGUAUUUCCUGUUGGCAAAUCUGGCCUUUCUUGAUAUUUGGUAUUCCUCCAUCACAGCCCCUAAAAUGCUGGUGGACUUCUUUGUAGAAAGGAAGAUCAUUUCCUUCGGUGGGUGCAUUGCACAGCUCUUCUUCUUACAUUUCGUUGGAGCAUCAGAGAUGUUCCUGCUCACAGUGAUGGCCUUUGACCGUUACGCCGCUAUUUGCCGUCCCCUCCACUAUGCUACCAUCAUGAAUCGCCGUCUCUGUUGCAUCCUGGUGGCUCUCUCCUGGGUGGGAGGCUUUGUUCAUUCUAUAAUACAGGUGGCUCUGAUUGUUCGACUUCCCUUCUGUGGACCAAAUGAAUUAGACAACUACUUCUGUGAUAUCACACAAGUGGUCCGGAUUGCCUGUGCCAACACCUUCCCUGAGGAGCUGGUGAUGAUCUUCAGUAGUGGGCUGAUCUCUGUGGUGUGUUUUAUUGCUCUGUUAAUGUCAUAUGCCUUUCUUCUGGCCAUGCUCAAGAAGCACUCAGGCUCAGGUGAGAGUACCAACAGGGCUGUGUCCACUUGCUAUUCCCACAUCACCAUAGUGGUGCUAAUGUUUGGGCCAUCCAUCUACAUCUAUGCUCGUCCUUUCGACUCCUUUUCCUUAGAUAAGGUGGUUUCUGUGUUCCAUACAGUGAUAUUCCCUUUACUUAAUCCCAUAAUUUAUACAUUGAGAAACAAGGAAGUAAAGACAGCGUUGAGGAAGUUGGUCAACAGAUACAUUUUAUGUAGAGAGAAGUGAAAUAUCAUUGUAUAUCUUCCUGAGGACCAGUGUUUUAAGGUUGCAGUUGUAAUGCUGCCU